AUAAAAUAGCAUGGUUGUUGGAUAUUAACAUGACUCUCACGUUCACUUUGACGCAUGUACCAGUUCAGUCUGACUUGACACUGCUGGUGCUGAUGUGUUUUCGAAUUUGGUUUUUGCAGCCAUUUUCAUUUCAACUGUUGUCGAGUGUGCAAGUGUCGAGUGUACAAUAGUGCAGCUCGUGGAGAGACCAAUUUUCCUUUAACCGUUGAUUGAUUGCACAUUGAUUGGGGCCGUUCGAAGACGAUGAGCGACAAAGAUUCGCUGGAUGAGCCGGAAGGUGGCGGUGGUGGUGGAGACAUCGAGAUCGAAACCAUGGACGAGUACGAGUGCCUCGAGCUGGAGAAGCUGAUCAUCAACGAGUGGGGCAUGCCGCGGAGUUCAUUGAACAGGAUGAUUUAUUGUGGCAUCACGGUGCGCUGUCUGGAGGUGAUCCAGGACAGCGAGAUAAACGAGCUGUUCAAUGAUCCCCGGAUGCUGGGAUCGAAAAUUGUCUUCAAGCACCAGGUCAAAGAGCUGCAGGCGACCGCGUUGAUAUCCCAGAUGGGGGCGUUGGGGGCCGCCCGCAAACGACGCCACCACUCGGCAGAAAUGGGCUUCGGAAAGAUGGACAACAAUGGCUCCAUGCUCGACCAGCCGAAGCGAAUCAAGCUGGAACUUGACUCUCCGGACACUCCGGUUAACCUGUUGGAGCCGAUACAAUCCCUGCAUCCACUGGACGGCCCACUUCCAAUGCACGAUCUUCCCCAGUUUCUCGAAAACGGUUCACUAACCAAACCUUCCACGGCCAAUCCCCUGGCCGGCAACCUUCCAAUCCGAAUCACCCCCGAAAGUCUCCGCCAGCUGCUCCAAGCCAGCCGCCAGGGCCAGUGGGUCCUGUCCUACUACAACACGUACCACACGAUGAACCGGAAGAUCCAGGCGGCCCUCACGCACUGCAUCGUGGAGCAGUUCCUCGUGUACAACAUCAUGUUCUCCCACCGGCUGAUGCGUCACUACGCCCAUGUCAUCACGAUGCUCUUCCCGACCGAGAGUGCCGAAGUGUACUACAAACCGGCCCAGGCCCUUGGCUGGAAGCGAACCUGUGCCUCGGGGAAGCUGAUGGACCGGUGGGCCAACCAACGGAUGCGCCACAAGGAUCGGUACCCGCAGCAGAGGCCCAGGAUUCUGGACGACACCUCCGAUCAGCGGACAUUUGCCGAGAUGUCGCUGGUGAUUGCACCGGUGCACGCGACUUCUGACUAAAGCGUUGAGUUGCAGCAUGGAUUGCAGACUUUUGGUUUGAUAUUUUAUAGAAUGGCGUCUAGUCAGACAAAUAGCAUUUUACACAACAUAAUUUAAUAAAGGAAAUACUCAACUCAA